CUGUAAUAUCGCAUGUUUAUUUUGAGUUUCCGACAUACUGUAGGGUUUAACCCAAACCACACGAGCUACCUAGAUGGAACCCAGAAAACGGAUUUGGGGUGUCCAUUUCCAAUUGCGCAUGCGCAUUCCUUUGAAAAGUCCCUCGUGAAACAUGGCUUCCACUGCAAAAAUCGCCAAAACUGACGAUAAAAACGGCCACAGUAACGCAGAUGAUCAAGCAGACAAAGAGCACCAAGAGGCUAUAGAACAGAUAGACGAGGUACAAAAUGAAAUUGACAGAUUGAAUGAGCAGGCGAGUGAAGAGAUACUUAGAGUGGAACAGAAAUAUAACAAAUUACGGCAACCACAUUUUGGGAAGCGAUCAGACCUUAUAGCCAAAAUACCUAACUUUUGGGUAACAGCUUUUGUUAACCACCCUCAAGUGUCUGCAUUACUAAAUGAAGAAGAUGAGGAAGCAUUGCAGUUCCUGCAAAAAGUUGAAGUUCAAGAAUUUGAAGACAUCAAAUCAGGCUACACAAUAAACUUCACAUUUGAUAAAAUAAACCCAUAUUUUGACAAUGAGGUUAUCUCUAAGGAGUUCCACUUAAAUGACACUGGUGAACCAUCAUCUAAAUCAACACCUAUCAACUGGAAAUCAGGAAAGGAUCUAACUCAGAAAACAGCAACACCGAGUAAAGGAAAGAAACGAACCCAUGAUGAACAAGAAUCAUUUUUCUGUUGGUUCACUGAUCAUGGAGAUGCUGGAGCAGAUGAGCUUGGUGAAGUUAUCAAAGAUGACAUCUGGCCCAACCCAUUACAAUACUACCUGGCUUCAGAAAUUGAUGAGGAAGUUGGAGAUGGAGAAGACGAUGACCUUGAUGAUGAGGACAUUGAAGACGAGGAAGAUGAAGAUGAAGUUGAUGAGGAUGAAGAAGGAGAGGAGGAGGGAGAGGGAGAUGAGGAUGAAGAAGGGGAGGAGGAUAGUUAAAUUCAUUGCUAUGACAACCGUAACAUUCCCAGCAACAACAGUGGUAGCUAUAGCAACCGUCACCAUAUUCACACCUGAUGUCACAUGACAACUCUGCCCUUGUACUAUAGGAUAAUGUUAAAUAGUAUCUCAAUGCAGGAAGCUUGGCAAACAGUUAUGUCCAGCUAAAGUGUUAAAUGACUUGAUCUCAAUUCUGCUGGGGGCAUUAACACAUUGUGGUUCAGAAAUUCGCAUGACCGAUCUGGAUUGAAAUGUUAUGUUGCAGAUGUUGUCAUGGCGACUCAAAAUUUUGCCUCGCUUGUGACCGAUUAUAAAUUGGCGAAAUGUACCAAAUUGGACUGUUCACGAUAUGGUGUUGUGAAUGUUUCAUUGAAUAGCAAAUCCACCGAGUGACCUCAAAGAUGAUUGGUAGAGGGUACAUACUUUGCAUUAUAGAUAAAUUCUAUUUUUGUACACUAUAAUCGCUUAUAAGAGAACAUAAUCGGUCAGAUUCGAGGCAGUGGCGGAUUAGUUAAGCUCUUUUACAUUACACCAUUUUCUAGUUGUCCAUUCAGUGUUAUAUAAAGCUGCCAUAGUGUACACAGACAGUGUAGCAUUCAGGUUGUCAUAUGAGAAUGAAAUAACAGAUGUCCACCAAGACAGGGACUAAUUUUGUAUAGAAUGUGUAUAGAAGCAGUUUUGUGACAAACUGAUAUUAUAUGUAGAGACUACUGUACAGUUAAAUCCCACAGAUAAGCAUGUCUUAUAAGAAAAAAUUGAAGUUGAAAUGUUUGUGUUAUUUUUACUCAUAUUGUAUGUCAUUGGUGUGAACAUCUUUCAGCUCACAUUAAAUCACUCUGAAAGAUCAUCUAUCUAUUUUCACCUCAUCAUACUUC